CUAACUUGCCAAGGCUGGCCUUGAACUGACUCCGAAGUAGCUGAGAUUAAAAGCAUGCGUGGGAGAAGCGGCUGCAGCGCCGGACUGAAGAGGCAGGGCCUGAGACAGAGGCAGCUGGGUGGUCACUAUGGCCGGGAUCACCACCACCGAGGCGGUGAAGCGCAAGAUCCAGGUUCUUCAGCAGCAAGCCGAUGACGCAGAGGAGAGGGCCGAACGCCUCCAGCGGGAGGUGGAGGGAGAAAGGCAGGCUCGGGAACAGGCUGAGGCGGAGGUGGCCUCCUUGAACCGUAGGAUCCAGCUGGUUGAAGAGCUGGACCGUGCACAGGAGCGCCUGGCCACUGCCCUGCAAAAGCUGGAGAAAGCUGAGAAAGCUGCCGAUGAGAGUGAGAGAGGCAUGAAGGUUAUUGAAAACUGGGCCCUGAAAGAUGAAGAAAAGAUGGAACUCCAGGAAAUCCAACCUAUGGAAGCUAAACAUAUUGCAGAAGAGGCGGAUAGGAAGUAUGAAGAGGUGGCUCGAACGUUGGUGAUUAUUGAAGGAGACUUGGAACGCACCGAGGAACGAGCUGAGCUGGCAGAGUCCUGUUGCCGGGAGAUGGAUGGGCAGAUCAGACUGAUGGACCAGAACCUGAAGUGUCUGAGUGUUGCUGAAGAAAAGCACUGCCAAAAAGAAGACAAAUAUGAGGAAGAGAUACAGAUUCUUACUGAUAAGCUCAAGGAGGCAGAGACGCAUGCUGAGUUUGCUGAGAGAUCAGUAGCCAAACUGGAAAACACUAUUGAUGACUUGGAAGAUAAGCUGAAAUGCACCAAAGAGGAGCACCUCAGUACACAAAGGAUGCAGGACCAGACUCUGCUCGACCUGAAGGAGAUGUAGAGCUCCCCAGUCGUGCCCUACCGCUGCUCCUCCCUCUGACCCGACACCACCUGGGGCCGGCCUGCCCGAGGCUGACCUCGAAACUGAGGGCUGAUCUUUUAACUGGAAGGCUGCUUUCUCCUUUCUACGUCCUCUCUCCCCACCCCACCCCACCCCA